AUGCCGUCAAGUCAGGUCCCUCGGGGAAAAGUAAAGCUAGAAAUCGAGUCUCUGGGCACUGUUCAAGGGCUCGAGUUCUCAUCCGGAGUGCGUCAGUUCACAGGGAUUCCAUAUGCCACAUUGACAAAGCGAUGGACGCGUUCAUGCCUCAAUACUUCCUGGCCGGAGAACUUUCAUGAUGUAACAAAACUGGGAUGCAGUGCCCCCAAUCCGCCUGAAUACAACGCCCCUAGGCCUGAUCUGCUCGUUCCGGUUGCUCUGGUUCCCCACCAUGGAACUCCCCCGGAGGACGAGCUCAAUUGUCUGGUCAUGAGUAUUGCGGUACCUCCCGUCCAGACUAGAGGUGCUGCUAAAUUUCCCGUCAUGGUAUACAUUCACGGCGGGUCCUUUCUUUACGGCGGCGCUAACAGGCCCGUAUUCGACGGAGUCAACUUCGUCUCUCACUCUGUAGCUCGCAAUACCCCGGUGGUUGCUGUGAACUUCAACUACCGUGUCGGCCUGGGAGGCUUCCUUGCUUCUGCUGCCAUCAAGUCCGAUCUCGAGCGCGACGGCUACGAAGGAGUGGGCAAUUUCGGCCUGUAUGACCAGCAGGUUGCUCUGCAAUGGGUGAACCGCUAUAUAGCUUCGUUUGGGGGCGACCCGGAUAAUAUCACCAUCUAUGGAGAGUCCGCAGGGGGUAUGAGCGUCUCUCACCAAGUCGCAGCCAGGAACCCAGCCCCCUUUCAUCGCGCUAUAGCCAUGUCCGGCCACCUUAACACUAUUCCGACGUGGUCGUUGGCACAGCACGAGAAACACUAUCGAGCCCUUCUUACUUACCUGGGCAUCGAUCCGGACUCACCAGCCUCUCUGGAUCAGUUGCGCGCCGUUCCGCAAGACGUCGUUGCCGCGGCGACCUUGCCAGUGGAAGGCGUUUUCGUCGCGACCGGUAAUCCGUGCAACGAUGGUGUGUUCCACACACAGGCUCCAUCCUUUAACAAGAUCGGAUCUCCUCCCAAAUGGCUCAAAUCAUACAUGAUCGGUGAUACUUACGACGAAGGGAUGAUCCUGCGCCAGGCCUUCGCAGAGGAAGAUUUUUCUUCGUUGAGGUCAUAA